GUGCGGUGAGUGAGACUUAAAAUAUACAGCUAGCAAUUUUAAUACAAUUCUCUUACCAACCCAUCAAUCACUCUCCCUCCUACUUCCAUACUUCUCCUUUUAAACUUUCUUCAUUCUCAUUUUUCCUAAACUCCUUCAUAUUCCUUCUACUAGCUAGUUUCUUCAAGGUAAUAGUUUUUAGAGUAGAAAAAGAAUCAAGAAAGUAUAAAUGGGGCCAAAUGUGGUGGAUGAAAUUGAUUGUGGUAGCUUCUUUGACCACAUUGAUGAUUUGAUUGACUUCCCUCUUGAAAAUGAAAAUGUUGGCCUAAGUUCUACUGAUUGCAAAGAUUUUCCAAGUAUUUGGAAUAACCCGUUGCCGGAUUCCGAUUCCCUUUUCUCCGGUAGCCACCGGAAUUCUGCCUCCGACCUCUCAGCCGAGCUCUCAGUUCCGUAUGAGGAUAUAGUCCAGCUUGAAUGGCUUUCAACAUUUGUGGAGGAUUCUUUCUCCGGCGGGGGAUUGACGCUAGGGAAAGAAAACAUUCCUGUUGACAAAGAGCCAUCAACCCAAGGCAAGUUCCAGACUUCGAGUCCCGUAUCUGUGCUUGAAAGCAGCAGCAGCAGCACUAGCUCGUCCUUUUCCAGCUCGGGAGAAAAAGCUUUACCCCUUAGUCCGUGCCACCGGGGUCCACAACGUGCUCGGACCAAGCGUCCUCGCCCAACAACUUUCAAUCCCUUGCCAGUAUUUGUUGCAUCAGAGAAUUUCGCGGAGUCUCCCAUGAAAAAGAUUCUGAUGAAACCGGCUGCUGCACCGGAACAGAAAAAGAAAAAGAAGAUCAAAUUUUCUAUUCCUCUAGCUCCGGUCGAGACAAAUCAGAACCUGGUGGCAGAACAAACGGUUAGGAAAUGCCAGCAUUGCGAGAUAACAAAGACUCCUCAAUGGAGGGCAGGUCCAAUGGGACCGAAAACUCUAUGCAACGCUUGUGGUGUUCGUUACAAGUCAGGACGACUCUUCCCUGAAUAUCGGCCAGCUGCUAGCCCUACAUUCAUUCCAUCAAUUCACUCAAACUCUCACAAGAAGGUUCUUGAAAUGCGAACCAACAUCAUCCCGGACAACAAUGCCAUAGCCAGGAUCCAACCGGAGGUCAACCCGAGCAACGAGUUGGUCAAGGAGGAGCCCAAGUGAAUGAAAAGAAGCAGAGAACAGUUUCCUAGUCAUAGUCUUAUUAUAGUCCUUGUCAUUUAAGUUCUUAGUGUUAUUUGCCUAGUGUUUUUUUUCAAUUGCUUUCUUCAUUGUUCUUUUUGUAUAGGGAUGUAAUAUGGAGAUAGGGAAAAAAUAGAUGAUCAUAUUUUAGGAGAUUAGAUUUAAGGGCUAAGCAUUAGUGUUACUUAAGUUUCCUUUAUAGUUAACGAACAGUUUGGGUCAGUGUUGGUCUUGUUAGAUGUUUAAAGCUUUUAUUCUUGUCCUUGAGAUAGGAAUCCUUUUUGCAGUU